AUGCAUGACGUCGUGCGUACGACCUCCGUAGGCUCGACGACCUCGUCGGGGUACAACAGUUCUGUGAUCUCAUAUGCGAAUGGGCCUUCGCAGCUCGACCGCAACCCGUCCGUGGCAACAACGGUGUCAAUCUCAUCGUUGUAUGCCAGCAGCACUGGCAGCCCGAACCUGUACUCUGGUUCGUCUGCAGCCACCACGGUCGACCGUGGUAACUCUUUCCAGUCGCACACAUCCAAAGCCUCCGAAACAUGGACGCAGCCAGGACCCAGUUACGAACACUCACCUGCACCGUCGCACAGCUACCUUCAAGCGCAGACCCCGACGCCUGGACAGAUCUCCCGCACGUCGUCUGCGCAGGGUCCUGUGGGGUCCUCCAGCCGGUCAUGGAAGGACAACGAUGUCAUACGGACCCUGCAGGACAUCAAACGCCCUCUGGAGUUGGCUGGAGACUGGCAUGAUGAGGAGGAGGACGACUUCUUCGAUGAGGACCAGUCAGAGGAGGGUGACGAUAGGUUCUUCAAUCCCUCGUUGCUAAGCCAUAUCGCUGUACGACUGCGCGACAAAGUGCCUAGAGGCACGCAUGUCAAGGGAAGCAUACCGUACCCUCGGGCGUUCACCGGCAAAGACAUCGUGUCCACCAUCCAGUCGCAUAUACAACGUGAACUGCUGAUCACACAUGGCAUCUCCACCAACGAUCGGCGGGCAGCAUUGCAGGUCGCGCGCAGCUUGCAGAACCAGCUCUUCUUCUAUGAAGUCGAGUGGGGAGGGCGUGUCCUGCAAGAUGGCGUCGAGGACGUGUACAUGUUCCUGGAUGAUCAAGAGGGUGCUUCUGAUACACGCGUCGAGCGGGAGGAACUGCCGACCGCAGUCAUUACACUGCUGACGCGGUGCUAUGCCCCGAGCUGCUACGACGAAACCCCCUGUUACUCCUUCGCAUGUCCAAAAAGGAACAAGAGCCUGGUCCUGGCCACUCCGACGGAGAAGGAGGUUGAGGAGGAGAAGGACGACUCUUGGUCAAGGACUGUUCCACCUGAGGUGUUGCGAACCUUGCCCGAGAGCGAGAUCAACCGGCAAACCAUCAUACACAAGGUCAUCAACAAGGAGAAGCAGUAUCUUCGGGACCUUGACAUUGUGGAAUCGUUGUUUAUUCGCCCUCUGCGCUCCGCAAACCCGCCGGUAAUCAGGCUGAGCGAGGUCGAGGAGUUCAUCGAGGAAGUGUUUGGCAACAUUCUGGACCUCCGGGAAUGCAACCGCAGACUACUAGAGGUUCUGAAUGUUCGACAACGCGAACAGGCCCCCAUCAUACAGGGCGUUGGAGACAUCUUCCUCGACGCGGCCACCGAGUUCCGUUUGGCGUAUCCCAUCUACGUGGGCCACCUUCCGGUGGCAGAGAAAAGGGUGAAGGACGAGAGCGAAAAAAAUGCCGAGUUCCGGCGCUUCCUUGAGCAAGCGGCUCGGCAUCCUGAUGCUCAUCGCCUCGACCUCAAACACUUCCUUAAUCGGCCCUCGGAGCAUCUGCAGAAGUAUCCGGUCCUUUUGGAGGCCAUCUGCAAUGAGACCACGGUCGGCAACCCGGAUGAGGAUUUCUUGAAAGAGGCGAUAGAAGCCAUCAGAAAGCUGCAGACCGUAGCCCAGCUAUGGACAUGGCAGUCCGCUAUGGGUAAGGGGGCGACGGGGAAACUCGAAUGGCACAACCUCGUAUCCGAGGAGUUCAGGAAGAGUCUUCCGAAGAAGGAGGCUAAGCGGCAGUCCAUCAUCUUCGAGCUGAUCAAGGGUGAGAUGGAAUACGUGAAGGAUCUCGAGAACAUCGACUUGAUGUAUGUGACUCCGCUGCGCGAAAUGGAUCCACCCAUCGUCCCUCGCGAUCGGCUCGAACAGUUUCUUCGCGAAGUGUUCCAUAACUUUGACGAACUGCACGCUCAUCAUCGGAAGAUGCUGAACUCUUUCCAUGAGAUUCAACGUGAAGAGCACCCGGUCAUACGCAGUGUCACAGCAGCUGUCUACGAUGCCGUCCUCAACUUCCGCGAGGCUUACUUGGAAUACAUUCCGAAUUAUCCUAUCGCGGCGUAUCGUAUCGACGAUGAAAUGGCCAACAACGCGCAAUUCCAGACAUUCGUUGAUCAAUGUACGCGGCAUCCUGACGCUCGGAAGCUUGACAUGAAGGCCUUCAUCAAUCGACCCAUCCCAAGGUUGCUCCGGUACGAGCUACUGUUGAGGAGCAUUCUCGAUGAAACCCCUGAAGGACAUGAAGAUCGCGACACCAUUCCGCAGGUCCUCGAGUUGAUCAAAGCCCUGGGAAAGGAUUCGGAACCUGGCGUCGUCUCGGCAAAGCAGAAGGUCGAAGUAUGGCGUUACAACUCCAACCUCGUCUUCAAGCCUGGGGAAGCCAUUGAUAUGGACCUACUCAAUGAGAAUCGCUCCCUAAUGCACACAGGCAAGUUCCUCCGACAACCCGACACUGGAUUUGAAUGGAGUGGAUGGACUGAGUUGUUCGUCUUGCUGUUCGACAACUACUUGGUCAUGACGAAGCCGAAGGAGAAGGAUGGCAUCACACGCUAUCAUGUCUACCGAAGACCGAUACCCCUGGACCUCCUCACACUGGCUAACUUCACAGACCCACCGACCCAGCGUAGCGGUGGUAUCCUCCGUCUCGGUGGAUUGAAUAGCCGCGUAGAGCGGAACCCCGAUGGCCCUCCUCCGGGAGCCAACGGCACCCCAGACAGCGCGACAGAUUCUCGUAUGGUCUAUCCCUGCACCAUUCACCACACUGGUCGGCUAGGUGGACUGUAUACCGUGUUUGCUGAGUCCGUACAGGUCCGCAACGAAUGGAAGCAGAAGUUGGAGGAGGCCAUUGGGCUGCGGAAAGUUGUACAAGAAUCGAACAAGGUCUUCGAGGUGGAGACCCUCAGUUCGGACACGUUCUUUGUCCCUGCGGUGGUGCCUGGCGGUGGAAGUGCUGCUUAUAAUCAUGAGAAUGCAUUCACGGGCAAGGUUACUUGCUCAGUGCCAUUCACUACUGCAGACGGUAGAGGUCUUGUUGCCGUUGGAUGCGCAGAAGGGGUUUGGAUUGGUUUCCGACAUGACUCGAGGUCGAUGCGUCGUGUACUUCAUUUGAAGAUGGUGACUCAGUGCGCCAUGCUCGAGGACUUCGGCAUCUUCCUCGUCCUCGCAGACAAGUCACUGUUCGCAUAUCACAUCGAGGCUCUUGUACCGUCUUCUCCUCAGAGCGUCAAUACCUCGCAGACUCCGCAGAAGUUGAGCGGGAACAAGGAUGUCCACUUCUUCAGCGUAGGCAACCUGAAUGGCCGUACGCUCGUCAUCUACAUGAAGAAGAAAGGAUUGGACAGCGUUUUCCGAGUAUUGGAGCCUGUAGUGGGUAAGAUUAACGAGAGAGCGGAGGCUCCGCGCACGUUCGGCUCCCGUCUUGGUCUUCGGUCGCAACGCUCUGAAUGGUUCAGAGUCUACAGGGACUUCUUCUUGCCAUCUGAGUCCUUCGACCUCAUCUUCUUGAAGGCGCGGAUUGUCAUCCUUUGCACGAAGGGCUUCGAGAUCAUGGAUCUCACCGACUUCAAGAGUGUCACGAUCCCUCAACGAGACGACCCUCGACUGGAGAAAUUGGCCAAACGAUGCGAGUCAUGUCGACCAAUGGGUAUGUUCCGCACCAACCAAGACGAGUUCCUGCUGUGCUACGAUGAGUUCGGCCUGUAUGUGGAUCGUCACGGUGAUCCCAGCCGGGGUAUGGGGACGAUUGAAUGGGAAGGCACAGCAGAACAUGUCGCAUGGCAUCCACCAUACGUUCUACUAUUCGACACUCGGUUCAUCGAGAUCAGACACGUCGAGACUGGUCGUCUCGCGCAAAUCAUCCCCGGAAACGACGUGCGCUGCAUUUGGGAUGGACGGGGGACUGCCAACGUUCCUACGUCGACGGUGCCUGGUCCAGAUGGAUGGACGGAGGGUAUCUCGCAGGAGCCGCGCGUCCAUGGUGUAAUGAACGCCGACAACGGUCUGCAGCCGAGCGGGCCUCGGGGGGCCCGCCCCAUCGCACAGCACGUAUUCGAGCUCAUACCCACGAUUCCUCUCUAUCUGCCGGGUUCUCUGUCGUCUCCAUCUCAUGCUACGCAGUUCGCGCAGAGCAAUUCGCCGCCGCACUCACCACGUCUCAAUCCUUCACUAUCUUUCCGGUAA